AACCACGUCCUGACCCUGAUGUCCAUGGCAGCUCGCAUCUACAAGCACCCCAGCCUGAAGAACUCCAUCAACCUGGUGGUGGUGAAGGUGCUGGUGGUAGAUGAAGCAGCGGCGGGGCCGGAGGUGUCUGACAACGGUGGGCUCACCCUGCGCAACUUCUGUAGCUGGCAGCAAAAGUUCAACCCCCCGAGUGACCGGCACCCAGAGCACUAUGACACUGCCAUCCUGCUGACGAGACAGGAUUUCUGCGGACACCAAAGCUGUGACACGCUGGGAGUAGCGGAUAUCGGCACCAUGUGUGACCGCAACAAAAGCUGCUCGGUGAUCGAGGACGAGGGGCUGCAGGCAGCCUACACCCUGGCUCACGAACUGGGCCACGUGCUCAGCAUGCCCCACGAUGACUCCAAGACCUGCGAGCGGCUCUUCGGGCCCCUCGGGAAACACCAUAUGAUGGCCCCUCUUUUCAUCCACUUAAACAAGACCCAGCCUUGGUCUCCUUGCAGUGCCAUGUACCUCACCGAGUUCCUGGAUGGAGGGCACGGUGACUGCUUGCUCGACGCCCCAGCUGACCCCCUCUCCCUGCCCACCGAGCUGCCCGGCCAAGGAGCCCUGUACAGCCUGGACCAGCAAUGCCAGCAGAUCUUUGGCAAGGACUUCCAGCACUGCCCCAACACCACGGAGGAGGACAUCUGCACCCAGCUCUGGUGCAGGACCAGCAGCGGGGAGCCCCUUUGCCAUACCAAGAAUGGCAGCUUGCCGUGGGCUGAUGGCACCCCUUGCAAAACUGGGGGGCUGUGCUGGGACGGCCACUGCGUGCUGCAGGAUGCCCUGAAGCCCCAGCCGGUGGUGGAUGGUGGCUGGGGUCCAUGGAGCCCCUGGGGUUCUUGCUCCCGGAGCUGUGGGGGUGGAGUGCAGUUCUCCUACCGUCACUGUGACAGCCCCAAACCCCAGCACGGUGGCCGGUAUUGUGAGGGCCAGCGUGCCAAGUACCAGUCCUGCCACACGGAAGAGUGCCCGCCCGAUGGGAAAAGCUUUCGGGAGCAGCAAUGUGAGAAAUACAACAGCUACAACUUGACGGAUGUGGAAGGGAAUCGCUUGGAAUGGGUUCCCAAGUACGCAGGAGUGUCACCCCGAGACCGAUGCAAGCUCUUUUGCCGAGCCAGAGGGAGAAGCGAAUUUAAAGUCUUUGAGGCCAAAGUGAUCGAUGGGACGCUGUGCGGACCAGAGACCCUCUCCAUCUGUGUCCAUGGCCAGUGCAUCAAGGCUGGCUGCGAUCACAUCGUCGGGUCCUCCAAGAAGCUGGACAAGUGCGGAGUGUGCGGGGGCAACGGCUCAACUUGCAGGAAAAUAUCUGGUUCACUGAACCGAUCCAAGUAA